AUGGGAGACUUCAAUGCACAACAUUCUAUGUGGGGAAGUUCUAAGUCUGACCAUUAUGGGGCUAGAAUGUUAGACAUCUUAGAUGAUAAUAAUUUAUGCCUUCUAAACUAUGGUUGUUCUACUAGAAGGACUCGGCCCCAUGAGGGUAUUAGUGCACCAGACCUUACCCUGUGUAGUCCCUCCCUAGCUCCUACAUUAAACUGGUGGCCUCUAUCGUCGUCAUAUGGAAGCGAUCACUUUCCGUUAAUUAUAUCAUUUCCUCAAAAAAUUGGCGAAAAGAUGUAUAAGGCUCCUCCCCGGCUAAAAUAUAAACUUAACGAUGCCAACUGGUCAUUAUAUAGAGAUAAAGUUCAACAAAAUUUAUCAACUAUACCUCCACUAAAUGACAACAAUAAUCAUCUUUGUGCUGAAGCUUUUACACAGGCCCUACUACAGGCUGCUGAGGAAGUUUUUCCUAUUAAAAAUAAUAGUGGCAAUGGGUAUAUUCCAUCACCUCCAUGGUGGGACAAACAAUUCGAAACAAGAAAUACAGAUCAAAGAAUCAGGACACCAGAGAGUCGUGCACAAGAACAUCAAGAACAGCGUGUUGAACGUCUGCAACAGACUAUGAGAACAAGAGCAGCACGAGAGCAAAACAUAGCUACAGCACGACUAGAAGAACGACAGAGGCAGCGGGCCAGCCGCUCAUUAUCACGAGCAUCAUUUGUUCGUCUUGCUUUCGAAUAUGCACCAGAUAUUAACUACUCUGCGCAUUCAAAAAUUGCUAUCGGUACAAUGGAUAAAGUAUGCCAAUAUUAUCAGGCAUUGAAAUUUCAGAUCGAAACACCCCGCAUGUGCUGCGCAUCAGUAAAAGUUGUGCUGUUGCCUCUACCCACUCCGCCGGAACCUUUAUUAUCCCUUCUUGCUAGCGAUUCAGAUGAUUCAAAAUUAUUUUUGCGUAAGAUACGCAAAUUUAAUUCUUGGUUCCUAAUGACGUCAUUUGGGGCAACUAAAAUUUGCGAUCUCGCAUAUGAUGGACGUAAUUUUGAAACGACAUUUAAAAUACAAGGCCAGGUGUACCAUCAAAUCGGGUCAUUGAUGCCAAUGCUUGAUAAUGAUCCAAAAUUUCUUCAAAUUUAUUUUAUGGGCAAUUGUGAAGAGCGCGUGACAACUCGGUGCCAGUAUAAUUUCAUUGAACAAGCAGAAGAAAGAGCAACUGUGAUUAUGCUGGAAAAAAAUUUAGAAGAUCAUAAUGAACUAAUUCGAUUGAUUAAAAGAGUUUCGCCACGACUGCAAAAUGACAACUAUCAAGUCUUCAUAAAAGCCGAAAAAGUAUAUAGCCAUUAG